CCUUUGACCUAAGAUGGUUGCGCCCAGGAGGAUGGAGGGGACUUGCUGAGGCGGAAGGUAAAAGGAAGCAGACAGAAGAAGUGGAUUUACCCAGAACCUGAACAACCAUGUCGAAGGUCUCUCGUGCUGCCAAAGCAGUACAAAAGGUGGAUCCAGGAAAUGUGAUCCGCACAAUCAUUCGAGCAGGGCAAGCUAUUCCAGGACCACCCUUAGGGCCUGUCCUAGGGCAGAGAGGCAUCCCCAUCUCACAGUUUUGCAAGGAUUUCAAUGAGCGAACAAAAGACAUCAAAGAAGGGAUUCCACUGCCCACACGCAUUUUUGUGCAGCCCAACAGAACAUACGACAUCCAAAUUAACAAGCCCACAGCUACCUAUUUCCUGCUGGCAGCAGCUGGGAUAGAAAAAGGAGCCACAAACCCUGGGCAUGAAGUAGCUGGUAUGGUAACUCUGAAGCACCUCUAUGAAAUUGCCCUGGUGAAGUCUCAGGACGCCAGUUUCGUAUUGCAUAACAUGACGCUCGAGAAAGUCGUCAGGUCGCUUAUAGGAAGUGCCCGGUCAUUGGGCAUCCAGGUGGUGAAAGAUCUCAAUGCGGAGGAAUAUGCUGUUUUCCUGAAGCAGCGUGAAGAGUGGUUGGCGGCAGAGGCUGAAGCAAAUGAGGCAGAAUUGGCUGCUGCAGCAAAGAAGAAAUGAGUCCCUGUACUUGCUCUUUGAGAAUCAAAGCUUUGAGAACUCAGUGGGACUGGUGCUGCUAAGCGCCAGUUUGUUCCCAUCCCCCGUGUAUGAGAAAUUAUGGUCUACUUGAUGGCUGAAGAGACUACAUCUCAUUGAUAUGACAAGAGAAGAAGAAAGGGGGUGUGCCUGGGAGGCCAGGCUUCCUGGGUAGGGCCUGUCCAAUAUGUCUUGACAUGCUGUCCCUUUCAAUAAAAUCCCAUGAAUCUCU